AUGGAGAAAGAUACAAGCCAAAUAAACUCUGGUGGGCUGUCAGAGGCGGACCAAGAAAAGGACUCGAAUCGUAUUUUGCCGACGUCUGCUAAAGGAAAUGCUGUCAAUCAACCUCCAAGCCAACCUGUAAGUGGGAAUAAAUAUAAUUUUGGUAAUAACGAAUAUUAUAAUUUAGAAUCUGAAACUGCAGGUGCACCCAUUGUAUCUUAUGAUGAAAAAUUCCCAAUUGAAGGCAUUGAGAAUAAAAAACAUUUUUGGUCAAGAAUUAAUGAUUUCCCAUUUACAAUAUUUUUUAUACUGGUUGUGUUUGGUUUUAUUGCAGUUGCAGCCCUUACUUUAAGAUCAUGGGCUCAGGUGUAUUCUUCCACUGGAUCUGGGAUAUACAAUUCAACAGCUACUGAUACUUUAAAUACAAACUCUGUGAUUUUGUUGGUAUUUGUAUGUGUUAUCGCGGUCAUUUUUGGACUUAUUGGCUUGUUUACGUGUUAUAAGUUUCCAAAGUUUUUCAUAUAUGCUGGGAUGUUGGUGAAUAUACUUUCAUGUUUAGGAACUGCAAUAAUGUACAUGUCACUUAGAUAUUGGUCAACAGGUAUCAUUUUUUUAGUGUUUACUUUCUUCACUAUUUGGUGCUAUUGGGGAAUGAGAUCAAGAAUACCUUUAACAGUUAUCAUCUUGAAGACCAUUAUGGAAGUAAUAACCAAACUUCCACAAAUAAUAUAUGUACAACUUAUAGGAACAAUAAUUUUGACGGCGUUCAGUUUCUUAUUCUCUUCUGUUGUUGUAUCCACGUAUAUUAAGUAUGAUCCUAAAUCAGCAAACUCUGGAUGCAAUGUCUCAGGUGGAAGCUGUUCAUAUUCAAAGUUAGUAGGUAUACUGGUAUUUGUGUUUUUUAGUGGUUACUACAUUACGGAGGUAAUUAGAAAUUGUAUUCAUGUCACAAUUUCUGGUAUUUAUGGAUCAUGGUAUUACUGGUAUAAAGUCCCAAAUUCCUUUCCCAGGUGGCCAGCACUUGGCUCUUUUAAGAGGGCAAUGACUACUUCCUUUGGGUCAAUUUGUUUUGGCUCAUUAAUAGUUACCGUUAUUGAAACAAUCAAGGAAAUUGUAAGAUUGUUAAGACAAGGCAGUCAAGUUGAUAACUCUUUUGGUUCCUUUGCCGGUAUAGCAUUUAUAUUCCUAGAUUGGAUAAUUUCUUUCUUGCAAUGGGUUGCGCAGUAUUUCAAUCAUUAUGCGUAUUGUUUCAUUGCCUUAUAUGGGAAACCAUAUUUGAAGUCAGCUAAAGAUACUUGGAACAUGCUAAGAGAUAAAGGCAUCGAUGCAUUGAUUAAUGAUAAUUUGAUUAAUGCAGCAUUGGGUUUCUACGUAUUGUUUGUAUCAUAUAUGUCGACUCUCUUUGCAUUCCUAUAUUUAAGAUUUACGACACCUGACUAUAAUAGUUCUGGUACCUUCAAUUUUCCAUUAACUGCCUUCUCAUUUUUAAUUGCAUUUCAAGUAUGCAAUGUCAGUGUAGAAUGCAUAAGAUCGGGUGUUGCAACCUUCUUUGUAGCUCUAUCUAAGGAUCCAGAAGUGUAUCAAAAUGAUUAUCCAGAAAAGUUUGAUGAGAUAUUCAAUGCUUAUCCGGAUGUCUUAGAUAAAUUACGUCCUCAUUAA